AAAAAAAUGUUUGAUUCGGUUAUUCUUGUAGUAGACUAUUACGUUCAAUAAAUGAUAUAUUCGGCAAGCAAAAGCACUGACAGUAGGUCUAAUGUUUUUGUGUACGUUCGAAGAUUUGAAGAAGGAAUAGAUAGUACAAUGAAACCUGCAAUUGUUGCGGAUGAGAUGUUUCCAGAAGGUGCAGGUCCAUAUAUGGAUCUAGAGGAGGCUGGAGGUUCCAGUGGAUUACUAAUGGACCUUGCUGCGAACGAAAAAGCAGUCCACGCUGAUUUUUUUAAUGAUUUUGAGGACCUCUAUGAUGAUGAAGACCUCAACUGAGCUUUGAUUAUGUUCUUUGGUUCUGACGUUGCUAACUUGGUCUAGAUGUAAAAUUUUGGGUUAAUAGAUGUGAAAGGAAAAGCGUA